ACGGGGGACGGAGCUCUGGUGCGUCCCCGCGCAGCCACCGCGAUGAGAGGCGCUCGCGGCGCCGGCGAUCUCCUCCGCGUCCCGCUGCUCCUCCUGCUGCUGCUGCUGCUGCCCCGCGUCCAGACAGGCUCUUCUCUGCCAUCUGUGAGUCCCAGGGAACCGUCUCCUCCGUCCAUUGAGCCGGCGCUGUCCGAGGUGACCGUGGAUGCGGGGGACACGCUCAGGCUGCGGUGCUCGGACCCCGCCUUUGUGAAGUGGACUUUCGAGAGCGUGAGCGAGCGGAGCGAGAGCAGGCGCAGCGAAUGGGUUCGCGAGAAGGCUGAGGCCGCCCACACGGGCAAUUACACGUGCAUCAACGGGGCCGGCUUGGGGAGCUCCAUCUACGUGUUCGUGAGAGAUCCUGCCAAGCUUUUCCUUGUCGAGCUUCCCUUGUAUGGGAAAGAAGAUAAUGAUGCACUGGUCCGUUGUCCUCUGACGGACCCAGAGAUGACCAAUUAUUCUCUCCGGGAGUGUGAGGGGAAAGCGCUCCCCAAGGACCUGAUGUUUGUCCCUGACCCCAAAGCCGGCAUCACCAUCAGAAAUGUGAAGCGUACCUACCAUCGCCUCUGCUUCCGCUGCACCGCCCAGCUCGAGGGCAAGCUGGUGCAGUCUGACAAGUUUGUCCUAAAAGUGAGGGCAGCCAUCAAAGCUAUCCCCGUUGUGUCUGUGCCCAAAACAAGCUAUCUUCUGAGGGAAGGGGACACGUUCACGGUGACGUGCACAGUAAAAGAUGUGUCUACCUCCGUGUCCUCGAUGUGGAUCAAGGAGAGCAGCCAGCAGAUGAAACCCCAGGUAAGACGCAAUAGCUGGCAUCGGGGUGACUUCGAUUAUGAACGCCAGGAAACAUUGACUAUCAGCUCGGCAAGAGUUAAUGAUUCUGGAGUGUUCAUGUGUUAUGCCAAUAAUACUUUUGGAUCAGCAAAUGUCACAACAACCUUGAAAGUAGUAGAUAAAGGAUUUAUUCACGUCGUCUCCACGACAAACACCACAGUAUUUGUAAAUGACGGAGACAACAUCGAUCUGAUGGUUGAGUACGAAGCGUACCCCAGCCCGGAGCACCAGCAGUGGACCUACAUGAACAGAACCUCCUCGAACAAGUGGGACAGCUACGCCAAGUCCGGGAACGAAAGCAGUAUCAGAUAUGUGAGUGAACUUCAUCUAACAAGAUUGAAAGGGACCGAAGGAGGCACUUACACGUUCCUGGCGUCCAACGCUGAUGUCAGUGCUUCCGUGACAUUUGAUGUUUAUGUGAACACAAAGCCAGAAGUCCUGAUGCACGACAGGCUCACGAAUGGCAUGCUGCAGUGUAUCGCCGUAGGAUUCCCAAAGCCCACGAUAGAUUGGUAUUUUUGUACAGGAAAAGAUCAAAGGUGUACCGUUCCUGUGCAGCCGGUGGACACGCAGAUCCAGAACACGUCCACGCUGCCCUUUGGCAAACAAGUGGUCCAGAGUUCCAUCGACUACAGCGCGCUCCAGCACAACGGCACGGUGGAGUGUAAAGCCUCCAACAGCGUGGGCGAGAGCUCGGCCUUCUUUAACUUUGCACUUAAAGGUAACAACAAAGAACAAAUCCAACCCCACACCCUCUUCACGCCGCUGCUCAUUGGUUUUGUGGUCACGGCUGGCAUGAUGGGCGUCAUAGUGAUGGUUCUCACCUACAAGUAUUUCCAGAAACCCAGGUAUGAAGUCCAGUGGAAAGUCGUCGAGGACAUCAACGGCAACAAUUAUGUCUACAUAGACCCGACCCAACUUCCUUAUGACCACAAGUGGGAGUUUCCCAGAGACAGGUUGAGUUUUGGGAAAACCCUGGGUGCCGGUGCCUUCGGGAAAGUCGUGGAGGCCACUGCGUAUGGCUUAAUUAAGUCGGACGUAGCCAUGACGGUGGCGGUGAAGAUGCUUAAACCAAGUGCCCACUUAACAGAACGAGAGGCCCUCAUGUCUGAGCUGAAGGUCCUGAGCUACCUCGGGAACCACAUGAACAUCGUGAACCUUCUCGGCGCGUGCACCAUCGGAGGGCCCACCCUGGUCAUUACAGAAUAUUGUUGCUAUGGUGAUCUUUUGAAUUUUUUGAGAAGAAAACGUGAUUCAUUUAUUUUCUCAAAGCAGGAAGACCAGGCGGAAGCAGCACUUUAUAAAAACCUUCUGCAUUCAAAGGCGGCUUCCUGUGGUGACAGUACGGAUGAAUACAUGGACAUGAAGCCUGGAGUUUCGUACGUUGUCCCAACCAAAACAGACAAAAGGCGAUCUGCAAGAAUCGGCUCUUACAUUGAGAGAGAAGUGACUCCUGCCAUCGUGGAAGAUGACGAGCUGGCCCUGGACCUGGAGGACUUGCUGAGCUUCUCCUACCAGGUGGCGAAGGGCAUGGCUUUCCUCGCCUCGAAGAACUGUAUUCACAGAGACUUGGCUGCCAGAAAUAUCCUUCUUACCCAUGGUCGAAUCACAAAGAUUUGUGAUUUUGGUCUAGCCAGAGACAUCAAGAAUGACUCUAAUUAUGUGGUGAAAGGCAAUGCCCGACUGCCUGUCAAGUGGAUGGCCCCAGAAAGCAUCUUCAACUGCGUGUACACCUUUGAAAGCGACGUCUGGUCCUAUGGGAUUUUCCUGUGGGAGCUGUUCUCCUUAGGCAGCAGUCCGUACCCUGGGAUGCCAGUCGAUUCCAAAUUCUACAAGAUGAUCAAGGAAGGGUUCCGGAUGCUUAGCCCUGAGCAUGCGCCCGCCGAAAUGUACGACAUAAUGAAGAUGUGCUGGGACACUGAUCCCCUCAAAAGGCCGACGUUCAAGCAGAUCGUCCAGCUCAUCGAGAAGCAGAUUUCAGAUAGCACCAGUCAUAUUUAUUCCAACUUGGCAAACUGCAGCCCCAACCCAGAGAACCCCGUGGCGGACCACUCCGUGCGGGUCAAUUCCGUCGGCAGCAGCGCCUCCUCCACGCAGCCCCUGCUGGUCCACGAAGAUGCCUGAACGCCAGCGCCUGGCCGUCUCUCCCGCAGGCGCGAUGCCCAUUCUUACCGCUUCCAUGGUGGUUAUUUUGUUUUCCUUUGACUUGCCUCCUACCCCAGGGUAGUGCCCCCCCUCCCCCGCCGCACCAUCAUCUUGUCUUUAUAAGCACACUUUAGUGGCCGAUGGCAUUUUUUUGUUGCUUUUGCCAUCAGCCACCACCCCCUUGCAAUGGUUCGAACUAUAUAUGUAUAUGUGUGUAUGUAUAUAUGUAUAUAUAUUUUUUUUUUUUUUCUUUUCCCAAUAGCAACGUAGCUCCUACUGUAAAUGGGAAAAAAAAAACUUCUGCUCUAGAGAAAGGGAGGGUGGAACAAGCUUCGUGCCCAGAGUUUCCCCCAGUGCUCAUCCAGUUAUGGAAAAAAAACAAGCAUGGCUGAUAGCUGAUCUUGAAAGCAUAGAAAAGCAAUCCCGUGUGACCCACGGAGCCAGCCAUGAUGAAACGGGGACGUAGCAAGUGAAAGCCAAGCCCUUUGUGUGUGGAAAAUAGAACAUGGUUAGAACAAAGGGACACACAUGCGGAACAUCCGGGCCCUGAGAAACCUAGAAUCUCACGCUGAGUCGGAAACCUAGGCUGUGAAGCGAUGCCCCGAAGCAGGAAUAAAGACACUCCUCUGUGGACCCCGGCGAGGGCUUUUGUUCAUCUGACCUGGUUUUUAGACAGAGUUUGCUAUUAGGGAGUGGAAUUGACGACAAGGCCUCCCUAGCUAGCUUCCAUUUGUAUGUAUGGACUCGUCUAUACACUGUCCGUGUUCAUACACUGGGCUGGGGGGAGGCGGGGGGAACCCCACAAGCUAUCAUUUCUUUCUGUAUACGCCCCUGGCACUGGAUCCCACUAUGGGUCUGUAGGGAUACGAGAAGAGCCAUAGAGAUUGCAAGCAAACAGUCAUGACAGUUCUUGUUGUUGGGUUGUUUUGUUUAUUGCAAAAGAAAAAUGGAAGCGCCAAGCACAGCCUUUUACAAAACCUUUAGCCAAUGAACUUGGCUCUGCUGAUUCGCCCCUCUCUCUCCCCCCCGCCCAACAAGCCUCUCCCAGCUUCAGAAUGGCAUCACAGUCAAUGGAAUUGAUGCUGUUUGGAAACAAAAAAGAAAAAGUUAUUGAUGUACCCCAAGGUUCCCACAGGAGGGAAGAAGUCAGUGCAGUCAUCAUUUGGAUUCUUAGGUAGCAAGAAGUGAACAUUAGACUUACCGCUUCCUUCAUAGAUGUGUCCUGGACAUGGGGCCAGUAUCUCUUCAACAUCCAUAUGUAUGCACGUACGUAUGUACAUGUGUGUAUGUGUGUGUGUGUGUGUGUGUAUGUGCGUGUGUGUAGACAAGUUAUUUGGGGCAGGGGUGUGGGGGUGCCCUUGCUCUGAGUCCAGGAGGGCCCUUGGCACCCAAGAAGUGAUUGGUUUGGGUCGCCACUCCUCUUUCUCUGUGGACCCUCUGCGCGUACCUUUCUAGAGGCGCCUACCAGCCCACGCAGAGGCUUGCCGAAGUGGCGUGUUCAAGGACCUGUUUGUUUGCCAGCCACCUGCGCUCUAGGCGCUCCGACUUUUACCUGGCAGGCUGUGCCCACUCCCUAGACUCUACAUGUUGCUACUGGUCACUCAAACCUAGUUCAGCAAGUCUACCCUGUGGACUGUACCCUGGACGUCGCUCUGUGGCUUAUUUUUUUUUUCCUCUUCCCCUCCUGCCAUCACUGUCCAAUACGAAGAGAUGAAUGUGUACAUGACCAGA